AUGCACCACUGGAACGUCGGCGGCGACAUCUACAUCGGGUGGCCCGACCACGGCGCCGAAGAACGCCGUUACACCAUCGUGGACAUCGACCUGUUCGGCAAUGUCUUCCGCGCCCGCGUGACCGACGGGGAACGGCAGGGCGGCUUCAUGGUGAUCUUCGAUUGCCCCAACAUUGUGCUGGAGCAACUGGCCGAGCAGGCCUCGCACGCCCUGGGCUUCCGCGUCAUCGUAUCCGGCCUGCGCACCAGCAUCGAGGGCAAUAUCGUGCGCAGCUUCGACUACGAGUGGUACCCCACUUCCGAGUUCGAGGAGCGUCCCCACGCGCUGGCCACCACCCUGGCCGGCCUAUAUGGCGAUAUCGCGCCGGGCCAGGCCGGCUAA